UUGACCAACACCCAUCUGAACCAACAACAACUAAAGCUCUUCUCACUCACCAACUCCAAUACCAUCAUCAUCAUCCGAUUUCGAUUUGAAAACUAAUCAAAUCCAUUCACCAAUCUAAACCUUACCUACUCACCUCAUCAAUUCAAUCAUAAUGUCUUCCGAGCGGGAGAACCAAGUUUACAUGGCCAAGCUCGCAGAGCAGGCUGAGCGAUAUGACGAAAUGGUCACUUUCAUGAAAGACGUUGCCAAGCUCGGAGUUGAGCUAUCGGUUGAAGAACGUAACCUUUUAUCAGUAGCCUACAAGAACGUCAUUGGAGCUCGUCGGGCAAGCUGGCGUAUAAUCUCAUCCAUUGAGCAAAAGGAAGAUACGAAGGGUAAUGAAUUACAUGUAGGAAAGAUUAAGGAAUAUCGUUCAAAGGUUGAGGCUGAGCUUGCCGAAGUCUGUAACGAUAUCUUGGCUGUUCUCGACCAGCAUCUUAUCCCAAGUGCUGAGGCCGGUGAAAGUAAAGUCUUUUACCACAAAAUGAAGGGUGAUUACCACCGUUAUUUGGCCGAGUUCGCUUCUGGCGAUGGACGCAAAACAGCAUCCGAGGCUGCUCAUGAGUCUUACAAACAAGCCACUGAGAUCGCUCAAUCCGAUUUGGCACCUACUCACCCAAUCCGACUUGGUCUCGCCUUGAACUUCUCAGUCUUUUACUAUGAGAUCCUCAACUCACCUGAUCGAGCUUGUCAUUUGGCUAAACAAGCUUUUGAUGAUGCGAUUGCUGAACUUGAUACACUCAGUGAGGAAUCCUACAAGGAUUCAACACUAAUCAUGCAACUCCUGAGGGAUAACUUGACUCUCUGGACUUCUGACCUGCACGAUGCUGAGGACAAACCCGCUGAGGCUGCUGCUCAGCCCGAGGCCGCUGCUGAAGCUGCACCUGAUGCUGAGGCCGCUGCCCCAGAAGCUACGGAGGCGUAAAAGACUCUAUAAUCGAAUGAUUUCUUUUUUGGUUUUCAAAUCUUUCCUCCUUUGUUGACAAACAUUCUUUGUCAUCUACUACUUGGUUCUCAAAUAUAUAGGGCUUUGCAAAAUUCUAACACUACUACUACUACUACUACUUCCUUACUUUGAUAACUUACCUCCUUUGUUUGCCGAUUUUUCAAUUUGACCUUUUUCAUAUCUCUUUUUUGUUUUGUUUUUGGUUUGGGGGAGUUGGAUUUUUUUCUUAUGAUGAAGGGAAAGGGUUUUCUCUUGUGGAUGAAAUAUAUUUUUGAAAUACGAAGUUGAAGAUCUUUAACCUACUUAC